AUGGGUUUUUCAUUGAUGGAAGACUCGGUAAAAGUUAGACACAUUGGUAAAAAUCAGGUGCAGCUUGAAUGGUUGGGAACAUCCAUGAACGACAAAAUUGCUGACUCUGUAUCCGCAGUUAUUCUAAAUAUUGAGAGCAUUACAAGUCCUCCGCAUCACACUCAUAUACUGGAAGAUCAUGAACACGACGCAAUGGAUACCGACAAAUCGGAAGGUGACGGUGAUAAAACAGAGAAAAUGACGACAACAAAGAUUUCAGCAUUGCAAAUAGCAGAAAAUUAUUUUAAAAAGCAAUUCGGUGAUGCAAUAAGUAAAACGGAUUCAAAUGAAGAGAUUAUUAUUAAAGUGGACAAUAUGAUCGCCGAAGAGAUUACAACCGAUGAUGAAAUAUUAAGAAAUAGGAUAGAAAGUAUUGUACCUCGUGUAGCAAAGCUUUUAAGACCACUAGAAUUUUGUCCAGAGUAA